AUGCGUUCUUUUUGUCGACCGCUUCUCUUCAGAGCGCCUAGAUCUAUACCAUCACACCAAGUUCUUACGGUAUCACAACAAGAACAACAACAACAACAACAAGUACAAGAAGAGGAACAAGAGCAUUAUAAACAUGUAGAAAAACAGUUGAUUUCUCAUGUAAAACCUCCAAAAAUAUCAUUACGUGAAAAGAUGGUAUCACAGCUCAGUGAUAAGGUAUUUUCGAAAGGUAAUGUACACCUUAAGAAUGUUAAUACCCUCUCUGCCUUACCAGAGGGAUUACAUUCAUUUCCUGAAGUGUGUUUUAUUGGAAAACCUAAUGUUGGAAAAUCAUCAAUUAUAUCGUGUUUGCUGCAUAACCAUAGAUUAGGCCGUUCAGGUCGUACACGUGGAACCACACGGCUAUUGCAAUUUUUUAAUGUUGGAGAUGCUAUGCUGUUGGUGGAUACUCCUGGUUACGGUGGAUGGAAAGGGCGACAACUCUCUCAAAAUUUGGUUGAACGUGCAAGUGCUUUUGCUAUUCUAUUUCGCUAUCUUGCUCUUCGUAAACGAGGUGCUUUAAAGAGAUUAUAUUGGGUAAUGGAGGCUGCAAAGGCAAUUCAACCUAGAGACGAAGAAAUUCUAGCUUUUUUACAGGAGGAACAAAUACCUUUUUCCUUAAUUCUUAAUAAAAUAGAUCGAUUUCAUGGUGACAAUGUGGCUCUCCAACGACAAAUGGAAGAUAUAUGGAAAUUUGUGGGCAGUGAUAAGGUUCCAACACUGGGUGUUAGAUCUAAUCCAAAGUUUCCAGAAAAAUGUCUUAACAUUACAGCUUUACAAAAUGAUAUUACUUAUUAUUGUACACUGGACCUUGCUCGUACAGAAGACUUAACCUAUAAAAAAUUUAAGGAGUUAAGUUACUCACCUCCAUCUGCAGAUGAAAUAACUGCAGUAGAAAGACGUUACCCUGUUGAAUCCUUUAUUGUACCGAGAGAGGAUAAUUUGUCAUUGGAACGGUUUGUGUUAAUGCAUGAAGAAGCUAAGGCGAAAAUUUUGGCGACAUCUCCCAAAGCAGCAUUUCUUUCAACAAAAGAAAAGGUUGCAAAACAUUUAUUGCAUUGCUUUGAUGAUGAUAAUAAUAGUAAUAAUAAUAAUGAUGGAAUUGAUAAAAAAACACUUGGAAGUGUUGUAGAUCUUGCACCAUUGACUAAGGAAUGUUCCUCGACACCGUUGACAAUUGAGGCAUCAUCAACGAUAAAAGCUACACCUCCUGCUUUUGUUUCUCCUUCUUCUUCUUCUGUGGCAAACUCCUCCAGGCGUUUCCGUGUUCGUGCAUCACUUCGAGAAUCACUUUAUCAUCGCCGUGAAGAUGAUUUUAAUUUGGAGGAAAGGGAUACAGCUACACCUGAGAAGUGUUCCGUACUCACUUCUCCAAAAGUUAGUAAUGAAAUUCCACUACCUUCUACUUGUAGUGAUGAUCAACUGUUGCCACUAGUCAGUACACCAGUGGCACCACAGCUUCCAUUUACUCUUGACGAUGACAGGGACACUGUACGUGCUAUCAAUGGUGUUCGUAUACCAAAGAGUAUGAUUACAGCCUCUUUGGCACAGCUUCCCGCAACUCAAGAGGGCUCAUUUGAGUACUUUGUGCAACAUUCAGGCGCUCGAGGGUAUGAAAGACUUUUAGAGGCAGAGGCUAAAGGACAACACACUUUUAUAGAAGAAGGAGAGCAUGCAAGUCUUUUUGAAUCUGAUGAAUCUGCAACACUAAGGCCUCCAAUGAGAAAAAGUGUGCGCAAGAAGCGGUUAGAAAUGGUAUUGGAAAAAUAUGUCUCACAUGUGCGUAAACCACGUUCGUUGUAUAUGCAGGCAGAAGGUUACAUGUGUCCAUGGUUGGCUGGUGCUGGACAAACAUCUCGGAGAGUUGUAGUGGGUAUGGCAUCUAGUCAGUCUUCUAUGACUGGUGGCAGUAAUAGUGGUGGUCUUAUGAAAGGAUUAAAGCGCACUGGGUUUGGCGGUAAGAGUUACUCUGCAUACACUAUGAAAAACCGUGGACGAGCGACGAAGAAGACAGGGAGUUGGGCAGCAUAG